AACGGACACCGCGGCAAUCACGAACAGAUAUGAACUCCAUCUCCCGGACUCGCUGCUCCGGCUCUGCUGGCGCUGCUGGUGGUUGAAAACGAAAUCGUGUCGUUCGUAAUCGUCUGUGCCGACGAUUGUGUGUGACGUACAUUAGAUUUUAGGUGUCACUCUUUAUUGUCGUGAAAUAACUGGUGAUAAUAGCAAGUCCCCUAGUCUUCCAUAACCUCGGAGAAUUGAAAUUUAAUACUCGAUGUGAAAUGUAGCAAUUUAUUUAUAUUUGUUGUAAAUAGUUCUCUACGACAUGCUAAAAUGUUGCAAAACACUGGUUUUGGAAUAUGACAAAUGACGUUAGCAUGAGCGAGAAAAAGGAAGAUACAAAGGUGGGGGUUGCUUGCCCACUAUGUUUGAAGAGAGGGAAGCAAUCCAAAGUUAAACUUUUUCAAAUAAACUAUUCAGAAGCAUUGGUAUCAUGUGAGGAUUCACAGUGUCCAUUUCCUCUUCUAGAGGGACAUUUGACUAACAUUGUUAGGAGAGAUUUUAGGGGUGUGAAAGCAGAAGUACCUGUACCAAAUAUAUCUGCAGCAGAUUCACUUUCAGAUAAUUCUGUUUGUGGCAGUGAAAGUUCUAGUCAGAUGAAAUCAGCUAGUAUUAUUGAAAAUGUGGAUGGAUCUAGAGGAGUUUCACAUUCAGAUGUGUCAGCUACUACCAACUCAACUGCUGUGAUAAAUACUUCAGCUUCAAGUUCUGAAGUAUUAACUAAUGUUAAUAAAUUUGAUAAAUUUGAAUUUACAGCCACAGUUCCUGCACAAAAGGAAAUAAGGAAGAAACCGAAGAAAAAGUAUUACGUUGGAUGUAGAAAAAGGAAAAGCUACAAGAAACCAAACUCCAGAACCCAAAAUAUGGGUGUGACUUGCCCUCUAUGUUUUAAGAGAGGAAUACAGUCAGAAAUUAAACUUUUCCAGAGAAACAUGGAAGCGCUGAUAUUAUGUGCAAAUGAUAAGUGCAACUUUCCUGUACUUAAAGUGUAUUUGACGAAUAUUAAUAUGUCAGAAAAUUACAAAGCAUCUGCACCAAAUUUAUCUCGAGAGGACUCUGCAUCAGAUUAUCAGAUUUACAGAAGUGCAAGAAUUGGCCAGAUACAGUCUAUCUUCAAAGAAGAGGUCAGACCUCAAAACGUUAAUAAAAUAAAUGAGUUAAGCACAAACUUGGUAGCAACAAUAGAACUUUCAGAAUCAAGCUCUGAAGACACUGUAAGUGAAUUGGAUUAUACAUAAUCAAUUUCUUCAUAGUAUAAUUUUGCACUUUUGUAACAAUUGUGUAAUUUGUAUGAAGACCAUGAUGAUGAAAUAGCAAUGAACAUUUUGCAUUCUCCUGGAAAGAAAUGAGUAUUAUGUAAAUGAUCAUUCUUGAAUCCAAAGUGUAAGAAUUUAAUAAAAAAUAUAUGUAUAUAUAUAUAUAUAUUAUGUAUUUGAAAGUCAGAAGGAAUACUACCUAGUAAGUGGUAUUUUUUUUAAGAAAAUGCCAAACAUCCCUCCUAACUGAACAAGGCACAAAUAAUCUUGCAUUUAUUUGUAUUCAAAUGUUAAAAUAUUUUUGAAAAUAAAUGUUCGUAACAAUG